AUGGCCGGCGAGGAAGAUGUCUACUGCACGGUGAGUGCUCUGAGGGCAUGAAAAAUGCAAAUCUUGAAGCUGACAAUGGUGUAGUUGGUGAUGAACGAUGCAUAUCUACCAGGUACCUGACCCGCCAGCCAACUACACCUCGUCCUGCCUUCGGCCGAAUUUCUGACCACCGUAAUCUUUCACAGGCGCCGCAGUGCUCGCACACUCGCUACGAGACGGCGGAUCAAGGAGGAAACUGGCCUGUCUCAUCGUUCAAGAUGGCCUGCGAGAUAGCACGAUACAGGAGCUGCGGGUAGGACAUCACAUGAGCUGGGAGACACGUCUCGAGACGUGAACGUGCGGGAAAGCUGAUGCAUCGUUCUAUGACAGACGCUCUACAACUAUGUCAUCCCUGUCGAGCGCAUCGGCAACCCCAACCCUGCGAAUCUCUACCUCAUGAACCGUCCGGACCUGCUCUACACCUUCACCAAGAUCAAUCUUUGGCGACAGACCCAAUUUCGCAAGAUCGUAUACAUCGAUUCCGACGUCGUCGCGCUCCGAGCGCCUGAAGAGCUGUUUGAUAUUCACGAUGCAUUUGCUGCCGCUCCGGACGUCGGCUGGCCCGAUGCAUUCAACACGGGUGUCAUGGUCUUGUCACCACACAUUGGGGAGUAUUACGCACUGAGAGGCCUGGCUACCGCCGGAGACAGCUUCGACGGUGCAGAUCAAGGCCUGCUGAACCAGUACUUUGAGCAUCGGCCGUGGAAGAGGCUCAGCUUCACCUAUAACACCACUCCGAGUGCUAACUAUCAAUACGAACCCGCAUAUCGUUACUUCAAGCGGGACAUCAGCCUGGUACACUUCAUCGGAGGGGAGAAGCCAUGGAAACGCGGACGCACUGCCCAAGGUACGCCUGGCGCAUUUCAAGAGAUGCUCAGCCGGUGGUGGGCGGUGUACGAUCGGCAUUUCAGCGUUUCGGUAAGUCGUGGAGCAGACACAUGAAGAGACCUCGCUGAGACUGUGUUGGAGGCCAACGAUUACAUCUACGGGCAGCGUACCCCGGUUGCGCAUUAUGUGACAGAAGGGACGAGCGAGCCGCAUCAUCAGCUUCGUGAAAAGCACUCUGCGACUGGGUAUCCUAUUCAGACGACAGAACCUGCUCCAUCUCCCUUCGAAUCAUCAAUACAGAAAGCUGAAUCUGGGCAACCGCAGUACGAAGUUCAUGGUCAACAUGAGACACAUCUUCCAGGCAGUGCAACCCCGCUGAUGACAGAACGCGGUGAGCCAGCAGAGAACCUCGAUCAAGGCUUUGUCGUGCCUGCGCCUACUUUAGAACAACGACGAUUCUCAGCGCCUCAUAUGGAGUGGGAUGCCACUCGCGGUGCACCCCCAAUUGAGUCCAGACCCGAAGCUGCCAACUUCCCCAGGCAGAUCUAUGAGUUCAAUACUGACCCAGCACCUUUCCGGCCUCCUCGGUCAUACCCUCAGCCGCCCGGCGAUACGUGGUAUGGCGCGUCAGAAAAGCCAAAGGCGGAAGACAAGCCUAAACCUAUAUUCCCGUGGGAAGAACGCCAGGACUCAAGGCCUACACGCAGAUUUGUAGAAGACGAACCUCCACCACGUGUGGAACACACUCCAGAACCUUAUGCGGAUGAGCUUGAAGUAUCUUCGGACAGCAGGGUCUCACCAAUGACACCAGCCGUGCAGAUCAACGACCGCGAGACUUGGACUGCAUUUGCAUCGAACAAGAAUGCGUGGGAUGACGACGCUGGGAUCGACAACUAUGUUCGUGCCCUCACAUCCUUCCAAAAGAAUCGCGGCCAGGUGCAAGUCCUCCAGGAGAACAUGCCGUCGACUGGAGAAUCGCAACUCAUCUUGUCACCGACCCACGAAUCAAACCCAGGAGAGCUUGUAGAGCAAAUCCGUAAGCGCCGAGAGAGCUUGAUAUUGACGGAUUUCCCGAGUGCUGUUGAGCGCCCCUCUCUACCGGUCACACCGGCUCCACGAAGACGGAUGCGAACGUUCUGGGGCGAGGAACGGGACGAAGAAGGCGAGCUGCCGGCUGCCGCGGGAGUGCCAGAUCAGGCGGAUUGGGUAUGUUCAAACUGUGGUUUCGUCGUGCGAUCUAAUUUUGCUGUUGAUGCUUCUACGAACACUGCGUCCUUUGAAGCCUUCCUCGAUCAAUUUAAAGUCCAUCUGCAUUCCGGUGUACGACUCCGGAACAUCGUCGCGAUCGCUGACCUUACUUACUGUGCCCCAGACUGGCAAUAGUCAAUACGACAAGCUAAUGCGAUCUCAAGGACCCGAACGCCCAGCUCGAAGCACUGCGCCGCAACUCGCUCAUUGGUCCAGACGACCUGAAAGUGCCAGGGAAAAAGCUGUCGAAACGGAAAAUGCCAUCAAGCGCAGCAGCCAUUCCGGAGCAUGCACUGUCGCAUCCGCACGUGCCUAUCACUAACUGUGAUGGUGCUAGCAAUGUGCCUGACGCGAUCUGA